AAACUCGCAUCGUGAAUCAGUCAUGAUCAGUAGCUCAUGAACCUACUUCAUGUAAAUAUGUUACGAGAACUCUUCCUGAUUUUCACAUUAAUAUGUGUAACACAGUGUGGACGUUACCUUUCUCACUCGACGGAAAAUUUGUACGCGAUACUCGAUCGUACAACAGAAUACUUCAAAAAUCUCAGUGAUGUGUACGAUGUAUUAAAUAGUGAGACUUUGAAUAAUAUUAACAACGAAAUUGUUAAGUAUAUGAAUGAUACGACUGAAACAAUUCUUCAGGAAAGCAAGCGUCGAAAGAGGGGUCUUCAGAAUGAACCCCAUAAAGGCGUGUAUGUGCUACAAGAUUUUGAAGAGACAUUCCUCGAUCUGCCAGACUUCCGGGAUACGGCCUUUUUCUCCAUACAGGAUGAAUACCAAUUGCUUUGGUUCGCAGCUGCCGUUAAUGACUCAGAUAUCCUACUUUAUCAAUUGGUUAAUGACAAAGCUCAUCUUGUCGGCACAUAUCCGCAACCCAAUGGAAAACGGAUAAUUGUCAACAAUUAUAGCGUUAGCACACUUAUAGUUGUGCAGAAGGACACCGAUGGAGUCAUCAUUCUGCGCCUUGAUAAAGACGAAAGUGGAAGAUACGAGCUACAGUUCAAACAGGAGUUCGAAAUUCCUGGGAUGAUACACAUGAACAUGUGGUUCGGAAUAAAUCAGAUGUAUUUGGGGAUUGCCUCGGAGACGAGAAUAUCUAUAUACGUCUGGCUCGGAGAGAACUUCGACAAGAUCGACACGUUGAAUUUCGGCGCGAGAAAGCUCUUUCCCUUCCAGUGUAAGAGCCUCAUGCACAUCGUCGUUGUGGGAACGUAUACGAGGAUACUCCGAUUUUCCGUGCGUUCCAACAGAUUCGUAGAGAUGCAGAAGUUACGUCGCGCCGACGACGUCACUUCAUUUCAGUUCAAGGAAGGUCACUUCGAGGAGCGCUUCCUAGUUCUGGCUGGUAACGAGUCCACGAUCCUGUACAAGGAAAUGUACGGCCGCUUCGUGCCGUUUCAAAGAGUCGCCCCAGCGAGGCACGUCCGCUCGUUGACGACGGGCAACACCAUCAUCCUGCUCUCGUUGGAGCAGAACACUGUGGAAAUUUAUCAGUAUAACGGAUGGAGGUUUCAGGGAUUGCCCCAAAAAUUAACGAACGUUCGACAGAUUCAUUCUAUUCGGUCGUUCGGCGAGGACAUGCUGGUGACGCAGAAUCAGGCUAGAGAAUGGAAAUUUUGGAAAGCCACUUGGAAUCUUCUUCACUUGAUGAAAACGUGGAAAUCCAUACUGGACGAGACAGCAGCUUGGUGUUCCAAUACCAAGCAAAAAGCUUCUCGAAAAAUCUCGCUUCCUGAUUUAAAGAAAGCCGUGAUUUCGAAUGCACGCAUCGGUCACCUCCGUGUGCAAAACAUAAACGGUUAUAACGCAAAGGAAUUGGUUCGCUUGACGGAGCAGUACAAGAGUAUGAUCGCUAAAUUAAACUUGACAAAAAGUCUCUUAGCACAAAGAACAGAAAACACCGAUAGGUCUAAACACACGAUCUUGCACGGCAAGAAGAUGACAGUUAAGUGCAAAACGAAUUGUCACAUUCAUCAUGUAAUUACGGACGGUGGAAUUAAACCUACAGUUAAUUACGUGAAUUCGGAACCCGAUGAAGUCUUAGAGUUCAAAGAAAAAUUAAAAGUAAAGACAAUAAAUAACUGGAAAUGCCCCCUUCCUAAUUUUAAAAUAGAUGAUAUAUUUGUCAAAGAAACCAUUAACGGGAUACUGAUGCGAGACUUGCAAGAGAGAACUUUGAAAGUUUCGGGAGACCAAGUAAUUUCAGGUGAACAUGUCUUCACUAACUUACAUGCGACGAAUGUCUCGAUUCCGUUAGACAUUGUAACGAGAAGCACUAAGCAAACAGUGUAUAUGGAAGAGGCGGAAGUAAAAGAUUUACAUCUAACUGAAGGCAACUUCCUUUUGCCAUUAAAUGGCCCGGCCACUGUGAUGGAUGGUUCGAUAACCGCUGCGAAAGUGAGACUUACAGGGCCAGUCGAGAUAACAGGAAGAAUAACAGGCAAGAUAGGCGAAAAAAUAAAGCCUUUGAAAGAGAUUCUCACACCGUUGACAUUAUUUGGCGAUCGUUUUCUACGAAAUGUAACAUUCAGAAACUUUAUCAAGGCUGAAAAUAUCAUCAGAUCUAGUCAAAGUUCUGGGCUAUCGAUGAAAGAGAUUUUGGAGAACAGCGUACCGCUGGAUUCUAACGUGCCAGUGCGUUUGAUAUUAUCCAGCGACAAAACGGAAUGGACCAACGUAACUCUGUCGGACUUACCACAGAAUUGGGUAACGAAGAAUUCUGCUGAAACUAUCGUUAUUUCUGGUACAAAAUACACGAAUAAUAAUGUCACUUUAUCAAGCGUUACCUAUGAAAAUCUUCCCACUCCAAAAUUGACAAUUCCCAUAUGUGCCGCGGAAGUUAUAACCCCGGAAAUUAAAACCUCUUCCAUAGAUAUGGGCGACAUAAUUGUAAAAAAUUUAAACGUUUCACACAUCCUUGGAGCUCGUAACUUGAAUACAAUUGUCUCCAAUUCGGCGUCAAUUUUCGGUUCGGCUUUGCAUGGCGUUGACUUUUCAACGAAGCGAUUUACAGGUCCGGUUUUCGUGAAGAAUUUAACAACGUCGAAAAUCAAGGGAAUAAAUCUAACAGAUUUAAAAAAUGAAAUGAACAAGUGGAUAGGCCCAAAUCAUAUCAGAGGACCAGUAAAUGUUGCAAAACUCGUUGUAAAUAAUCUCGUGACGCCAGUUCGCUUUAAUCUCUCUUUACCUAGGAGAGUAAAGAACGUAAUUAUAAAAGGGGAUAGCAAUAUUGAAAAAAUCAAUAAUGUAAAUAUACAGUCUUUUAUGGAAAAUGUACUAAAAGUAGAUGAUCCCAUAUCUUUAGAACACGUGACAUUUGCUCGUGGUUUCACGUCGGACAACGUACACACUUCCAGCUCGACAUUAAAAUUUUCGCAUUUAGAUACACCUCUUAAUUUGGGUUCAAAAUUGAUUGCUACAACUUUAACUGCAGAUGCGAUAUAUGUGCCUCAGACCUUCGGUUAUGUCGCGAGUGAUGCGCCAUCAACAUUUAUAAUAGAAGGAUCAGCUAAAUUUUUAAAAGAGCCAGUGGUACAAAAUAUAAAAGAUGUGAAUCUGAAGCAAUUAUCUAAGGACUUAUGGAUGGCAAAUGAGGAAAUAGUUUUAUCUGGUAGCAAUAUGAAUUUUAAAAACAUAAUGCUAGAGAAUAGCAUCGACAUAAUGAAUGCUAAUAAUACGUUGAAUAUAGAAAUGUGGAGGGAAGAAAAGGACAAAUUUUUGAGCAAAACGGAAGAUCAGCAUAUCGAGGUACGUGCGGAGUUUACGAAUGUUGUGGUGCCCAAUAUCAUUGCACCGAAUUUUAAUUCAACUAUUCAGUCUUCGGACUUGAAUUUGAACAAUUUGUUGACUAAUUCCUUAAUGAGAGACACGGCGCAAACUAUAGAUGCUGCAUGGCAUUUUGAAGAAUUAUAUAUAAAUAAUAUGACUUGGGAUGGUAAAUUUAAUGGCAUCGACUUAAACACGGAUAUCGUUAGGCGUGAUGCAAAACAAAACAUUGUCACUGGGAAGACAACGAUAUUUGGUUUGACAACUAAAAAUCUCUCGACAUUGAAUAUAAACUUUUCGGACUUUGCUAAACUUGCUGUAACUCAAAAAUGUCACAAGCCGAUUACAAUUAAAGGUCGAAAAAGCUUUAACAACAUCACUUUGAACAAUUUGAGCGUCAAAGGUACGAUUAUGGAUCGCAAUGUUAAUGACGCGUUAUUGAAAUCUGGAAAUCAAACGUUGUUUGGUAUCAAGAGAAUACGAGGCCAUAUUAACGCGCCAGCUCUUAUUAUCGAUGGUACUGUGAAUGAUGUAAAUCUGACGGAAUUAAUAAACAAGCAAGUGAAAAAACGUAAAGCGGUGCAGACGAUAGAAAGUAAAAUGGAUUUCAGAAACGAUUUUGAAAUUUUCGGAAAUAUCACAAUCGAUAAGCUCUACGAAAAGGUAGACUUAGCAAAUAUUACUGGUGAAAAUAAAAUAGAUAUUAUGUUGAACAAAAUGACAGAAAUCGUAGCAUCGACGGAAAGCAUAACAACUGCACUGCAAAAUCGCGCUGUUUAUGUGAGCAAAUUUGAAGUGGUGAGCAAAGACGAUAAAUUUGUGUUACAAAUCGCUUCUGACACUUCUGAAGAUGUAGAGUACAUGAAUCUCAACAGUACUUGUCUGUGCGAGUCAGGAAAUGUUUCCUCAUUUUGUAACGAUACGGACUUUAUCGUUGGUAAAAAUACCAGCUUUAUAAUGAAGAAAAUAAUACUGCUGGAUGAUACUGUGUUUGUAGUAUUAGUAUCAACAGAUCUCGUCUCAAUUUAUUCACUAAUCGAUACGGAGCAAUUAGUUCAUCAAGUGGCAGGAUUAUACGUACCUGACAUACUUGAAGUGUCUAUUGAACCGAUUAAUCAGUCAUUGUGGAUCUUUUUGCGAUUAUCCGAGGAAACCUUGAUAUUGCGUUACCAUGUGUGGAACGAGUUCACCCAGUUUGUUUUGCCAGGCUCGGAUUCGUUUGUAAUCAGUAAGACGCCGAAUGGUCAAUAUUUGCUGAUACGAUCCGAUGGUAUGUGGAAUUUUGGAGGACUCUUCCGUCCCGAGCACAUUUUUAAAAUGACUUUAGAAGGGCAAAUAGAUACCUUCGCUGUCGGUGCCGAUUAUUACGUUACAAUGACAACCGAAAACAGCACGACUGUAUUGAAAGCACGAUAUGUAGGUUAUUAUACGUGAGAUAUUUUUUAACAAUUUUCUCGGAGAGUGUAUUUGAAUUCGGAAAACAAAUUACACACACACACACACACACACACCCAUCCACACACACACACACACACACACACACACACACACACACACACACACACACACACACACACACACACACACACACACACACACACACACACACACACACACACAUAUAUAUUUAUAAAUUGUUAUUUUUGUAUAUUUCCUAUAUUUAUCGUCCUUACUUGCAGUAAUUUGAAAUUAAAAAAAAAAAGAGAAGAACCGAUGAAAAAAUUUUCUAGAUUUAUAUUAAUUAUUUGUAUUAAUUGUACAAAAAAUAUAUUAAGUGUAUGUAAUGUAUCAAACUAUUUCUAGUUUAUUAUGACAAAUGUUUGCAUAAAGAUAUAAAUAUAUUACGUUAAAUCAGGAA